GCUGUUCAGGGCCGUUGAUUGGCCUAAGCUCCACAUGUGCCACGGGCCUACAGGAGCCCCUCGAAGGCUGCCAAGCUCCACGCAAGGACGCAGGUGUAAGCUCCCCCGACCUCAAUCGCAACAUCAUCGCCACCUCUCAUGGGAUAGAUGCAUGAGCGCAUCGCCCGGUGCACUUUCGACGAGUCCCGCCAGAUCAGCCCGAGAGAAUUCAACAUCCCAAGCAUUCAGAACCCCGUGACAUGGGACUGCCCCUCAGGAUGAACACUCUCCACGCACCCACUGUGCCCUCGGGGCCUACGAGCGCUGCGAGGACAAACGGUCAGGCGGGGCAAUUGAGCUUCGCCGAGUUGCAACGCAAGAAGGAUGACACGGAGGCAGAGCUGAAGGCCCUCGGCGCAGUGCUUGACUCGCACGGGGUGGACAUGGAGACGUCACUGCUCACCAGAGACGGGUUUCCGCGCGCAGAUAUUGACGUGGCCCAGAUCCGAACCACACGAGCUCGGAUCAUCCGGCUUCGAAAUGACUACAAGGAUCUCAUGGCAAACAUUGAGAAGUUCCUUCACGAGCACUUUGCCAACGUGGAUGAUGCCGAACCAGUUCCAACUGCCAGCUCACAGCAGGCGAUACUACCGGACUCCCUACCAACGGCCGCAGAGGAGGUGUUUGCAAGAGUGAACUCGGUUGCUCCCGGCAGCCCGGCCGAGCGAGCUGGCUUGAAGGCGGGAGAUGAGAUUCGCGUCUUUGGUUAUGUGAACAAAUCGAAUCACGAUAACCUUAAGAAGGUGGCUGAGUGCGUGCAGGGUAACGAAGGGGGCAACAUAUUCAUCAGAGUGUCCCGAACAUCAGGCGUGUCGCAACGGGAGGAACUUCGCCUGACGUUGACUCCGACGAGCGACUGGGGUGGCAGAGGCAUGUUGGGCUGCCAUAUCCUCCCGCUGUAGACGUGGACUUUCAGGCACAUAACUGUUUGCGGAUUUCUUUGGGACAGCGCAUGGACAUUUGAGCUGGGUCGGGUUCUCGCGCCUUAGGGUGUGUUGAAACUUGAAAGGGAGCAGGCAGCCCAAGCGUACUAGUAAAUGAAGGUUGCUAUCUGCAAUACCAAAAAAAUUGUCAAUUUGCAGG